CUUUUAAGCUUCCCUAUUGCAGUGAGGCAUUAAAUGAGUGAGAAGGGCUGAACCCUGUACUGCGCAAACCCGACGCCGAAUCCGCACCGCAGGCAGCUCGUCAGCCUCUCCCUAUUGGAAACGCUUCAGACGCCUCUUAGGGACGCACCUGAUGACUAGCUGAUCGGAUAAGUUGUCUUGGCGGAGUAACGAAAAUACCCGCGGACAAAAUAAAUAAAUACAAAUCACAAUGAAAAAGCGGGGUUUGAACAAGUUCUUGGGUCGGAGGGCGGCUAAUUCUUCCCUUUUUAGCCCGCAAAGCAGCAGCGGCACAGGCGGGCUGACCUCGACUAGCACGCCGAUCCAGCUGACGGACUGGGAGAACAUGAACGCGGUCGUGUCCUCGGCCUCGUUCCCAGACUCCGGGACAGCGAGUGUGCGAGCCAGGCCCAAGGUGAACCUCUUCCCUCGUUUCCCUGGUGCUCCAGAGAUCCAAGGGUUUGCCGUUCCCACUCCGACUGUACCUGCUUCCCACAAAGGACCUGCAAGCCCAGCACCAGAAAAUGACGCGAGACUCAAUGGAAACUCCGAAUGGAACCCAUUAGUGCACUCUCUGGUUCCCGAUUACAUGCAGGAGGAAAAUAUUUACAUCCCUCCACCUCCGGCGAUGGCUCCCCCUCCUCCUCCACAGUUCGCCCCGCCCCCCCCACCCUUCCAGGCUCCUGCAAUGGCACCUCCCAAUCCUCCAAAGACCGCCCCUCCAACGACCCCAUCACCGAUGCCUCCAAGUUUUCCACCAGUGCCUCCCCCAGUGCAGUCCAGCUACAGUGACACAGGGAAAUCCUCAGACAACAACCUCCCUGACCUCCCUGACCUCCCACGCCCCAAAUUUGCUCCUCCCCCGCCCCCUUCACAAAAAGAACCUCUUCAGCAACUGGUCACCCCUUUGCCUCCCCCCACAGCCAAAGCCCUCAAAGUGCCACCCCCCAAGCCUGUCCGAUACUCCUCUAUGCAACAUCUCGAUAUCGUCUCCCAGCAGUUGGAGCCCGUGGAGAUUCAACGCAGCCCCCAGAACAGAGCCCGGCUCUCCAGCUUCUUGCCUUCAUCCACCGUGGACAGCAAGGCCGACCGGGAGCAGAAGGCAAAGUCCAUGGUGAUCUUGCAGGAUUCAGCCACCGAAGAUCUACCUGCCCCAGCAAACGGCAAGUACCCUGCCAGGGUGCCAGCCAGCGAUCCCAAAAUGAACUAUGGUGUGCUAGUCAAGCCAGCGAGAAAGAACAGCUCAGGGAUCCAACUAGCCCAGGAGGUGGAGAGCUUGCAGGACAACAUUCCGCAUUCUUACCCCAGUUCCGUGAACAAGCCAAACCCUGCGCUUCCCGCUCCAGUGCUUGCAGACUACAGCAAACCAAGUAAUUAUUCUCCAUCAGAUUCACUAUCCAGGGAUGUCUCGCCACCGGCUGAGAAAAGAGAGGUGGAUUCCAAACCUGUGUGCAAGGUGGACAGCGAGUCUGUGCCAAUAAGCAGCCCAAACCAGCAGCUGCCACCGGCACCAAAUAUUCUCCAGAACAAAGUGUUACCUUCUUAUUCCAAGGAGGAACUGUCCCCCCCGGCACCCGAGAAAACAGAUGGUCCCAAGUCUCCCAUGGACCUCCUGCUCGCUGCUAAAAGGAGAGCGGAGAAAGGGCGCAGCCUGCCCAGGCAGAGCAGCCAGAGUAGCAUCAACUGCUUUCCAGACUCUUCCACCAGGGAGAUGACCUCCGUUCAAAUUCAUCAGAGCCCGUCCAAUCCCAACUCCUUCAUCAUCACCCCCAGGGCAGACGUGGACGAACGGGAACCACGGAUCCCAGGAUCCGGAGCCUCUCCGCCAACGCGCUCACGGUGGCAGGACCAGACGGCAGCUGAGGGGCGCCCCAGUAACCCACAUGUUCCAGCUGUGGUGUCGCUGAAGCACCAGAAGGGUGUAGAGAGCUCAGAGUUUCUACAGGGAGAGCAGCUGUCCUCCACACCACUGGUCCAGAACCUCUUGCAGUCCCAAAGAACUGACACCAGAAGUAAUCUUUCAGCGUCGGAGCUCGUCAGGAAACCAGAACCUACCUCAAACUCUAAUCUUAAACCCACCUUCAGGAAAGAAGAAAGCGAGGAAGAUUUCGGCUUCAUCCCACCACCCCCAGAAUUUGCUAACACUGAUGAAGAGGAGGAAGAAGAACCAUCUCCCACCUCGCCCUAUAAUAAACCAAUCUACCAACAGUCCGACAACUAUAACCCCCCACCCAGUCCCCAAACAAACCGGAGGACUACUUCCAAUGGGACGGAGAGAGUCCCAGGUCCCCCUGUUCCGAAAACAAAACCCCAAAUGAUUCCCGCAGCUCCUCGUCUCCCAACCAGCCCAGCUGACUUGAAACUUACAGAAAGGACUAAACCCAGCUUCACCAUGCAUCCGUCAAGCAGCCCAAAGCCAGCCCCCACUCCUGCAUCCGUCACUCUCCAAAGUAUCCUGCAGAAAAAGAUGCUGGAAAUGGAUUUAAAGCAAAAAUUCACCCCAGCAGAGAGGGACAACAACACAUGGUCAACCGACCAACCUGCAGAGCCUCGGAUCAGCACAGUGAAGCCAGGCUUUCAGCCGGCCAGGAGCAACACUGGGGGGUCCAACUUGCAGCCAGAUGAGGUGAAAAAAAACAUGAUGAACAAACUGAAAACCCAAGUGAAGAAAAAGACUCCUGAGGCACCAGCACUGGCUAGCAAGGACAUUAAAAGCAGUUCCCCGCAGAACAGUUCUAAGCAGUCACAUGGCAUGACCUUCACCGUGCGACCUGGAACCAAGCAACCAAUCACGCUGCUGCGUCAAGGACAGCCAUGUUAACAGGGGCAAGCAAACCAAGCCUCCUCGUCUGGCACAAGCCAGACUCACUGGGACUUCCACGGCAAAGACUCUUACCUUUGGAGUUCUGUCUCAGGAUUACAAAACAGUGCGAUUGUACAGAACUGUAUAUAACCAGCGUUCAAAACACAGGGCUGUGCAGAGGGCUGAGGAAGUUAACUUUUGCUGAUGAUGUACAGAAACCUAAAAAGCACUUCAUCUCGGCUGACAGAAAAUGUUUUACCAUUGUUUUUUACUCCCACAUAUCCAUUCAUAUACAGGGUGAUUAUAAAGCCAG